AAUUGGAACAAAUAUGAAAGGAGCGCGGGUGUUAUCGUCUCUGUUUAUCCUCCCACUGAUCAGUCCAUUGGGUUUUCUGGGGGUUGGGACUGCACAAGAGUCGACUGUGUCGUCGGAUUUCUUGGACAAUAGUUUUUUCCGUAGACUUCUGAAUCAUGUUGUUGAUCAUAUUCAAAUGGCGAAAAUACCUACUUCUCAGUCUGAUCCGAGGUGGUUUACCGAGAAGAUGAAGCAAAAAUAUGGAUACAGUGGCCGUUCGUUUGUGCUAUACGAUGUUCUAGGUUUGAACACACAGGUACUAGAAAAUCGCGUUCAAGAUAAAAAAAUUAUGUGCUCAUUUCAGAUUCGUUGGAAGAUCCACUAUAACAUUUCAUUACUUUUUGCUCCCUCGGGCUGCGAAGGUGAAAGAAGUGGGCAAAAACGGACUUUAGCCGAAUGUGGACUGGGAGAAGGACCGGUAACACAAUGUUAUUCUUUGUAAUAGAUAGCUAUCGGAAGUCUCUGCUUUGGUUACGCAUGAUCCUUUGCUACCGAUGGAUAGCGCUUUCGUUAUCGGAGAAGUUCGUGUGGUUCCACAACCCAUGGGUUGGGGCGGAUUACCACGUCAUCCAUCUCAACUUCUGGACUGUGAUAAAAAAGACGAGGCCUGCAACGGUGGGCUCCCUGAAUGGGCCUACGAAAGCAUCGUGAGAAUGGGUGGGCUGAUGAGUGAAAAGGACUAUCCAUAUGAAGCGCACAAGGAAACUUGCAACUUGAAGCCAAACAACAUCUCCGCUUACAUCAAUAGUUCUGUGACCUUGUCCAAAGAUGAAAACGAGCUAGCCGCUUGGCUCACCGACAACGGACCAAUCAGUGUUGGAAUGAAUGCCAACUUUCUUCAGUUCUACUUUGGUGGUGUCAGUCAUCCACCGCAUAUGCUAUGUUCGGAACAAGGUCUGGACCAUGCUGUUCUACUUGUGGGAUACGGAGUUACUUCUUUCUGGCAACGACCGUAUUGGAUUGUGAAGAACAGUUGGGGAAGAAGUUGGGGAGAAAAGGGAUAUUUUCGAAUCUACCGAGGUGACGGGACGUGUGGUAUAAACGCUGAUGCUACCAGUUCCGUCAUACUCUGAUCGGCGCCAAAAUCAACGAUGGACAGUAUUACUUCAUUAGUAGUAGUUCUUAUAAUCAAAUUUUUAUCCCGGUCAUCUUGUUCUCACCAACAUUACUCUAAUGUCCUCCGUAUAGUGUUCAUACCCUUUCUAUUUAAUAUUCUGUCCAUCAAGAACUGGUCAUUUUCACCACGAUAUUUGUUCACAACUGUCCUCAUCCGCAAAUGCAACGGGCUGUAAAGUUAUUGCACAAUCCUUCUUUUCCGAU